AAUAUGCAGAAACACACCAUAUCUUUCUGUAUUGCCCAAUUUUAAUUUUCUAUAAUUGGGACUCCAUUCAAAUUUUACUCUUUUUAAAUUUUUGACAAAUUAUUAUUAUAUUUUAGGAAUUAUUCGUCAACAGAUUGAAUCAGUGAGAUAUUUUACAUAUCUAGGCUGGCUGCUGUGAUAUAUAUAUCUUCCUCGGAGAACGAGGUGGUUGAGGAAAACACGCAGUUGCUCUUGGGAGGAGAACAAGGCUCUCUAGAGCUUGAUAUGGACUCUCAUGGCGCUGAACUUGAGUCUCGUUUUCCCAAGGUCCGUGAUGAAGAUCAUUUAGGUGUAGAAAUUCCAGAUACCGCUCACCAGAUUAGUACAGAUUCAUGGUUUCAAGUGGGUUUCGUCCUGACGACUGGUAUCAACAGCGCAUAUGUUCUGGGAUACUCUGGGACCAUCAUGGUUCCUCUGGGCUGGGUAUUUGGCGUAGUUGGUCUUAUUUUAGCCACAGCUAUAUCAUUGUAUGCAAACACACUUAUUGCCAAGCUUCACGAAUUUGGAGGGAAGAGGCAUAUUAGGUACAGAGAUCUUGCAGGAUUUAUUUACGGUAAAAAGACUUAUCGCCUUACAUGGGGUUUGCAAUAUGUCAAUCUUUUCAUGAUUAACACUGGAUUUAUCAUCUUAGCUGGUCAGGCCUUAAAGGCUGUAUAUGUUCUUUUCAGAGAUGAUGGUGUAAUGAAACUCCCAUACUGUAUUGCUAUAGCUGGGUUUGUAUGUGCAUUGUUUGCCAUAGGUAUUCCACACUUGUCAGCUCUGAGGGUUUGGUUGGCAUUUUCAACUUUUUUCAGCCUGGUAUAUAUCAUUGCAGCAUUUGUGCUCUCGCUCCAAGAUGGCAUUAAAGCACCAGAGAGGGAUUAUAGCAUCCCAGGGACAACGACGAGCAAAAUAUUUACAACAAUAGGAGCAGCUGCAAAUCUUGUUUUUGCAUUUAAUACAGGAAUGCUUCCAGAGAUACAGGCGACAGUGAGGAAGCCUGUUGUAGGGAACAUGUUGAAAGCUCUAUACUUUCAGUUUACAGCUGGAGUUCUUCCCAUGUAUGCUGUUACUUUUAUUGGCUAUUGGGCCUAUGGAUCCUCAACAUCAACUUACUUGCUCAAUAGCGUUAAUGGUCCUGUUUGGGUUAAAGCAGCAGCCAACAUAUCUGCCUUUCUUCAAACAGUCAUUGCCCUACAUAUCUUUGCGAGUCCUAUGUAUGAGUAUGUUGAUACCAAAUUUGGAAUCAAAGGAAGUGCAUUAGCAAUUAAAAACUUGUCAUUCAGAAUUGUGGUAAGAGGUGGCUACCUCACCGUUAACACAUUAGUUGCUGCUCUCUUACCUUUCCUUGGAGAUUUCAUGAGUCUCACAGGUGCCAUCAGUACAUUCCCUCUUACGUUCAUCCUAGCGAAUCAUAUGUACUUGGUUGCAAAGAAGAACAAAUUAACUUCUCUCCAAAAGCUAUGGCAUUGGGUCAACGUUUGUUUCUUUGGUUGUAUGUCUUUUGCUGCUGCAGUUGCAGCCUUAAGGCUCAUAGCAGUAGAUUCAAAAACCUACCAUGUCUUUGCUGAUCUUUGAUCCUUUCUUUUUGAUCAAUUUUUACAGCGAUAUAGUAUUCAAAAACUUGCCACGUCUUUGCUGAUAUUUGAUCCUUUCUUUUUUAUCAAUUUCUACAGUGAUUUAGUGUACAAUUUUUCAUUUAAAUGUCUUGGCCUUUUCAUUAGGUCUACGUAAGCAUAGCUCAUUUAGUAAAAUAAAUUAUAUUAUUAUUCAUGAUGAGAA